AUGGACGGAAGAGUCAACGCAGACGUCGCCUCGCGGCGCCUCGAGCGAUCGCUCGCGAUGGGGAAAUCGAGUAAAGAUAAGCGAGACAUAUACUACAGAAAAGCAAAGGAAGAAGGGUGGCGCGCGCGGUCGGCGUUUAAGCUGUUACAGAUCGAUGAGAGUUUUGAUAUCUUUCGAGGGGUGAAACACGCGGUUGAUCUGUGCGCGGCGCCUGGUUCGUGGUCACAGGUCUUGUCGAGAAAGCUUUACUUACCAGCUGUGCGCGCUGGAGUGAGCGAGAGCGAGCUUCCGAAGAUUGUGGCGAUCGAUUUACAACCAAUGGCGCCCAUCGAGGGCGUGACGACUAUACAGGGAGACAUUACGUCGUUGGAUAAAGUGCUAGAGGUGCUGUCGCACUUCGAUGGGAAGCAGGCAGAUUUGAUCGUCGGUGACGGUGCACCGGACGUCACCGGUUUGCACGACCUGGAUGAGUUUAUGCAGGCGCAGUUGAUAUUAGCGGGACUCACCGUGGCGACGCACAUACUCAAGCCAGGCGGGACGUUCAUCGCGAAAAUAUUCCGAGGAAAAGACGUCAGUUUGCUCUAUUCUCAGUUGAAGAUUUUUUUUCCCGAUGUGACGUGCGCCAAGCCGAAGAGCAGCCGGAAUUCGAAGGCUUUCAUCGUGUGUCGAGGAUACGCCCCGCCCGAGGGGUUCGAACCGCAUCAUCUCACGCGUAUUUUAGAAGCUCGAGCUACGUCUCAUACCGCAGGAGGGGAGGAUGGAACCGUGGGGACGAUGUCGUGGCCGAACAACGUCUUGGUGCCAUUUUUGGCGUGCGGCGACUUGUCCGGAUACGACGCCGACCAGAGUUACGCCCUGGAUGACACCAAGACGAGACUCGGACCUGUUCAACCGCCCACGACGCCCGCGUACAAGAGCGCCAUCGAGCUUCUCAAGCGAAAGUAG